AUGAAAUCGUGGGGUGUGAUAGUGUUUUUGGUGGCAUUAGCAGGAGUUCAGGUAUUCGCGGACGACGCUGCUUUCAUUGAGAAUGCAAGAAGUCCUGCCCGCAUUGUGUCUGGAUGGGAGGCCGAAGAAGGCCAGAUCCCGUGGCAGCUGUCCCUGCGAAUGGUGGAUUCAACGGGAGCCGUGUCUUCAUGCGGCGGCUCCAUCAUCCACCCUGAGUGGGGUCUGACUGCCGCCCACUGCACUGCUAAUCGCGUGACCAUGGUGCUUCGCGCCGGCGCAGUCAGCCUGCUGCGCCCGGAGCUCAUCUUCGAGACGUUCGAGUAUUUCAACCACCCGCUAUACAUCGACGCCAUUGCUGCAUCCAAGGUCCAGCCGCAUGACAUCGCUAUACUUAAGUUCCAACGCACCAUCACCUUCUCUGACCGUGUGCAGCCCAUUAGAGUGCAGAAUUCUCUGGAGAAGGACCGCAACUACAACGGCGUAAGGCUCGAAGCCUCUGGAUGGGGACGCACCUGGACCGACGGAGCUGCUCCCGAAAACCUGCAGUGGGUGUACCUGAGCGGCGACUCCAACGAGUUCUGCCGUUCCGCUUACAACGGCAGCUCCAUCAUCGUUGACUCCACCAUCUGCGCUAGCGCCUACAACGUCACCAGCCAGUCUACCUGUCAGGGUGACAGUGGCGGUCCUCUCGUAGAGUUAGAAGAGGACGGCAAAUACACGCUCGUCGGAGUGACCUCCUUCGUGUCCGCACGAGGCUGCCAUGUUGAUAUGCCUGCUGGUUUCAUUCGUCCCGGAUAUUAUCACGAUUGGAUCCUCGAAGUGACCGGCAUCAACUUCGACUGGGUCCCUGAACCAGGGAUGUAACGGAUGUGGUUUUAACGGAACCGGAAGCGGAAGCGGAAGUUUUGAAUUUAGUUUAACGGAAGCAGAAGCGGAACCGGAACCAGAAGCGGAAGUUAUAGAUGUUAAAAACGAAA